CCGUGCUUCUUAGAGUUGAAGUCUAACACAGUAGCGUUCACAUCCACGCAUCCCCGGUGACAACCGAGCUCGCCGGCGGCGACGAUGGCAGGCCGUGGACGGUGGCCGGCGGCGUCGGUGACUUCUGUGCUACUUAUAUGGAUCGUUUGUUGUAACUGUAUGUACUCCCCGAUAGUACAUGGCUACAUGCAUUCCGGGAGGAAGCUGAGUGUGGCAGCGCUAGCUAAAUAUCAUGCCAGUGCUAACAUGACGGAUCUACAGCAUCACGUGGAGUUCUUUGACAAGAACAAAGACGGCAUUAUUACUCUCACGGAGAGUAUUCAAUCGUUUAUCGCGAUCGGAUGUGAACCCGUUUUUGCAACUACUGCCGCCACAGCAACCCAUACUACUUUUGGUCCUCUAACAACCCCUCCUGGUAAGCUACCGAGCACAGACAUCCACGUGUCCCACAUCCACAGAGCAAUACAUGCAAGUGACACGGGUGCCUACGACAAGACAGGAAUGUUCGUCCCCGAGAAUUUCGACAAGAUAUUCAAAAAGCACUCUCACAUCAAGCCGGACGCCUUGAAGUGGUGGGAGGUGGAGGAGAUGCUUAUCUCAAAUAGGGACAUUCUUCAACCUCUGACAUGGCCCGCCGCUGAGUUGGAGUGGCAGCUGAUCUACACGCUCGGCAAGGACAGCCGCGGGUACCUUCACAGGGACACCGUGAGGGGCAUCUACGACGGGACCGUGUUCCCGAAGUUGGCGGAACGGACGGUCACACUUCACAGCGAAGCUUGAGAAACUUAGCUGCCCCCGCGACUGCAUGAUAAUAAUGUGAUAUAUGUGUCGUAAUAAUUGGCUAAAACUUCGGAUCGUGAGUGCAGGCCAACCAGUUUACCACUCCUUUAUUUUAUGUAGACCAACCAUACAGUUCGCCACUAUUAUAUCGUACGUGCAGUUUGUACUCGCUCUUCUUGGAAUAAAAGAGUAUAUAGUGUUUCGAGUCGA